AUGAUGACGAAUCUUGGCAAAGUUUUGAAGUGCCACCAUCACCUUGGAGAAAGCAUUCCUUUGAGUCACCUGGUUUCAUCUUCUGCUUCUCAUCAGCUGCCUCCUCCACCCCCACAUCCAUUUGAUGCAACCUCUAAGCACUUGCAGCAGGGCUCUUCAGGUCUUCACCAUUCCUUUUCCCAGUUGCACAUCAGUUCUGAGCAACAUCAGUCAUCUUCCCAUUUUACAUCUCCUGUGUUUCACCAACAAGAUUCCCUGGUGUUCAAGUCUCCUGCAUCUUAUGAUGAUGGAGAAAGCUGCCAAAAGGAUGGGUGGCCCUUGAGUAUUCCUUCUGUGACUGGACUGUCUCAAGAAGAGCUCCAGCAGAAAGUGUUUCGCACUCUUCGCACUCUUGGAGAACAUGUAUCUGGAUUGAGCCAAGAGGUCAAGAAGCUCCGGAAGAAUCUUGGGAGCCCAAUUGAGCUCAGCCCUCAACUCACUGAUAUUCAGCUUCCUGAAGACUUGCCAACUUUUCCACUUGACUCAGAAGAUGACCUUAGACAGUGGAAGGAAAACUUGAAGAGAAAGGAACUUAAGACAAAUCUGCCCUGGUGCUCUCCAGCCAUGAACCAGCCCUACCCUCUUACUAAGGAGCAAGUUCGCCUGCUUCUUCUUUAUGACUUCCGAAUCAAGAAGAAGGCAGCCAAUUCCAUCGCUGACAUCAAUACCGCGUUUGGCCCGGACACUGUCCAAGAGCACUGCCUAUGA